UCCUUUACCUCUUCCAUUCCUCUCCUCCUUUCUACAUCCCUCACUCCCUGUCCGCCUGUCAGAAGUCCCACAUAUCCCUAGAGGAUAAGAUGCCAUGGAGGCCACAGGAAGAACAGCGCUUUACGUCUGCUCUGUUCUCUUCAUCCUAACAGAAGCCAGCUCUGAGUUCAUCCACAUCCCUUCAUUAAUCCAUCAUGGUAUGGAAGGGCAGUCCCUGCUCCUGUCUGUUGAGACUCACUUCCCUUUGGAUGAAGUUGAGAUCCAGGGAACUUGGUCCCUCACCAGGCUGAGUGGCACCAGAACCACGUUGGUGACGUUUACCAAAGAGAACUCAAUCACUGACAUGAUGUACCGCAACCACCUCCGCUUUAGAGAACCCAAUGUUUCUUUGAGUAUCCAGACUUUAAACCAGGACGAUGAGGGGGAUUACCACCUGAAACUCAACAUACAGUUUCAUAACAAGACAGUGCCAGUUAUCCCGGUGGAGAGAACUGUGCAUGUAACAGUGGACGUCCCUGUGUCCCCUCCGGUCAUUGAGAAGAGCCCCUCGUAUGCAGUUGUUGAGGACAAGGCGAACGUAACCUUGACUUGUUCCGUCAAGAGAGGAACAAGAGUUGUGUUCCAGUGGCUAAGGGACGACAUCGUGCUGAGUCCCGGUGACAGAUACCACUUCUCCCAAGACAACUCUAAAGUGUUAAUCACUCCUGUGAGAAAAGAGGACAAGGGAACUUAUCGCUGUGUGGCCAGCAACCCUGUCAGUAAGGGAGAGGGCAGCAGCUCUGUGGAACUCAAUGUCUAUUAUGGCCCCUACAACUUGGAGGUGAACUCGGACCAAGGCCUGCGGACAGGAGAAGUGUUCACCAUCAACCCUGGAGAACUGGUCUUCUUUGAAUGCCAGGCUGAUUCCAACCCACCCAACAGCUACGUCUGGAUCUCUAAGAGCCGCAACACCACCCAGGUCAUCACCGAGGGCCCGCGGCUGGAGGUGCGCUCCUAUAGACUGGCCCAGGCUGAAGAGUACCUGUGCCGCGCCUUCAACAACGUGACGCAGAAGCAGGACGAGGCCCAGUUUACUCUGGUGGUGGCCAGCUUAGGAACAGGUAAAGAGAAGCACACCCAGGAGGGCAACUCUGUAUCCCCUCUGGCAGCCAUUACAGUCUGCUCUUUGUUCGUCAUUGGUUGUAUGCUGCUGUUCUUCAUCAGGAGAACCUGCCAUCCUAAGAGAGUGCUUAUGAGCAUUUACAACAGACCGCUUUCAGAACAGAAACGACCACAUCGUUCAGGUCACGAGGAUGCAACAGAAGACUUUGGCAUCUACGAGUUUGUCUCCAUACCCGGGAAAAUGGAGUCUGCACAGGCAUCAUGCAGAUCUCUGGCUCGCCUCGAGUCAGUUCAGGAUAUGCACACCACCAUCUACGAUGUGAUCAGACACGUUCCUGAAACCCCUAGUCACAGUUUGCUGCAGUAACUUCUAGUUGAAGAGCGGAGCUGUAACUUACAGUGAUUUCACUUGAAGACUCCCGUGUAGCUUUAUUCUCUCAAAACACUGGUUUUGUUGGCCCAUUUUUUGCACAAGGGAUGAACGGGACUGGUGUGAGUACACAACCUGAUCGUGCACUGUUAUUGUUGUUAAAUGUCUUUUGCUGACAUUAUUGUGAGAUGAAAGUGUAUGUGUGGCUUGACUUUUUUAAAAAUGUGAAAGUUUAACUGAAGUUGACACUGUUUUGCCUUUUUUGUUCAAAAUCAUAUUAAACCAAGCAAGUUAGUAGUAGCCAUUAUUCAUAUUAUUAUAAGCUCUUAUAAGGUACCUACAAAUGGUCAUAUCUUGAUUACUAUUUAAAACAUGUGUUUAAUUUAAAAAAGGUUUUAUUUGCCAUUUCAUUAACAUCUUUCUAAUUUAACAUUCCUGCCAAGGAGAGUCUGUUUUGUGAGAAGACAAGUGUUAUAAUGAAUGAUUUUUCUUGUAUGAAAUAUAUAAGUGUAAAUAUUGUACAUUAUUAUACUGCAGAUUCUUUAUACCUUUUAUUCUAUUUCUAUGUUUUGCUCAAAUCUAUUUAUUCCUAUAGAAACCCUGUUUCCACAAAUGUAGCAUUUCCUCUGCUCAACAUGGAUAUAAUGAAAUGCUGAAACAAGUAAAGUAAUUAAUGAUUCAUAAAUGAUUGUACAGUUUGCAUUCACAUGUUUGUUUUCUACUUUAUUAAAUAU